AGAUUAGGACAUGACAUGAGGAAGUCUACAUCUAAAUCAGAAAUCAUUUUUUUGUUUAGCAGUCAGUCUAAGGAAUUCUUUUUGUCAAAAUUACUCAAGGAUCGAAUCUGAUCCAAACAUGCUUCCUCAUUUUAAACUUGGUGGAUGAUUUUUUAUUCAUUCCACCAUUGUUACCCACGAUACUGAACCAAUUGAACUACAACCCUAUUCCAAAACUGUGAAAAAUAGGGGAUUAACAGACCAAAAUGGCUAGUGUAGGGUCUUUCCACAUGGAGGUUGAGGUUCCUGAGAUAGCAAGGGCACUGGUAAUUGGGAAGGGAGGGCAAACGAUCAAAAGAUUUCAACAAUCUGCAGGGAUCUCUUCAGCCAGGUUACUUCCCUCUGGUAAAUUUCAAAUUCGCGGCGAUUCCAGAGAAGCCGUGCAAAGUAUCGUUGCUUCCAUUAAAAAUCUGAUAGGGCUCGCUAGUGUGAGCAAAAGCCCACGACACUUCCCUCUGUUUUACCGCAAUUGUUUCUGUAAAUCUACAGAGAACCCCCUGCUGACUGUUGAUAAAGUCUCUUUCGAAAAAUUUACAGGCUCCAUUUCUUGCAUUUCUCGGCAAGGUAAGCAACAUUUGUGUUUCAAGAAGGGAGAAGCGGUAAUUUCAGGUCCAACUGCUGCUUCUUCUGAUGCUGAUAAUCUGGCAGCCGCAUUUUCAAACAAGAUGUCAUUUGGCGCUUUCACAAAGCUCCUCCCGCAUUGGGACUUUUCAGGUUAUAGAUCGGAGCUGUUAUCCUGCUUUGAGUGUCAGCAGGAUGCGAUGAGGAACAUCAAAAUGAUCGUUCGAUUCGGUAAACAACUCUUCCAUGGCCGUCACUACGAGGAUCUGCUUCACCGGGGUUUCGUUUCGUUCCCCUAUUUACAACAACUUUGCAGCCAAAGUCUCAUAUCGAGCGCAUUUUCCACCGCAUGUUCAGAAAAGGCCGUAACAGAUCUCAGGCUUCAUUUGGAAAGGCUAGAUUACGUUAGGGUUUCAUACCGGAGGAAAAUCAGCAUUCAUCUCACAGAUCGGGAAGAAAAGCCGAUUCGCUUGUCCAACGUUUCCGUGCGUUGCUUGGGAGAAGACGGCUUUGUGCAUAAUAGCGAAAUCAGACGAAUUCUUCGCUCAAGGGACUAUUUCCAGGUGCUGGAUCUGGAUAUCGAAGCAUCUGCCAUUGAUGUUCAGAAAGCUUAUAGGCGAUGUCUGUUGAAAAUCGAGUUUGAUUCAGGUGAUUUGACAGCCGCCGAAAAGGCCAAGAAAAUGGCCAAGAAAGCCUCUGAUUGCUUGAUGGAUUCUGUGCAGCGUGAAAAAUAUUUGAGCAACUUUUAUUCGGCGAGUCCGUCAGAUCCAUCUGUUGCUCCAUCUUUGUCUCCUGUGAGGGCUGAGAUAAGUAGGGUUCGAAGGGAGCCGAGGAGACACGGCAUUGUUUCCUUCUGUAGAGAGGGGGAAGAUACAACAGAUUUCAGGCUGGCGGUUAUGUCGCACGAGAGAGAGAUGGAGAUACAGUCGGAAAUGGUUAAAUGGGUGGAAGACGCUUGGGCGAAUCGAACCCCUGACCAGCUGUUUGUUUUCGAUCCUUCCAGCCGGUAUCAAAUUACCAACAUACGGUACAAAGAUGCGGAGACGUAUGUAACGGAGGAUUUUAAGUUCCGUAUUGCAAAUGUGAGGGAAGUGGACGGAGACGCAGAAAACCAGAGAUGGGAAUGCGCCCUCACCAGCAGGUGGUCUAAAUGGAAUGAUGGAAUUGCAGGUGAUGUGAAUUCUAUCGUCAGGAAUGACGUGCUUACCCUUAUCAAGGAAGCCGUCAAAUUUAGUAAGUUGAUGUCUUCAAAUCAUGCUUAGCCUGUGAAUACUAAACAGCUUCCGUGGCACCUUAUGGUAUCUUUAGUAAACUUUGAAUCAACCACGUUCUACCUUGCUUUCUCUUGGGGUUGUCCAUGGGGCCGAUAGAAUCGUAGUACAUUUAUAAGUUUAGGCUUAUAAAUACAUUAUAUAGCUGUAGCAACUUAUGGUAUCUUUACUCCAUGGGGCCGAUAGAAUCAUAGUACAUUUAUAAGUUUAGGCUUACUCCAUGGGGCCGAUAGAAUCAUAGUACAUUUAUAAGUUUAGGCUUAUAAAUACAUUAUAUAGCUGUAGCACCUUAUGGUAUCUUUAGUAAGCUUCGUAUCAAUUAUGUUUUGCUUUCUUUUGAGCAUCAUUUAUAGGGUUGAUAGAAUCAUAGUGUAUUUAUAAAUCUUCGUACCAA